AUGUCUUCGCGAGCUCUUCGCAAGUUGCAGCGGGAGCAGGAAUUACAGAGACAAGUCGAGGCUGCCAAAAGGGCCUACGAGGAGGCCGAAGAGUCAGAAGAAGAGGAUGAUGUCCCAGAACCGCCCUCGCGGCCUAUGAAUGCUUUUGACAUGCUUGAAGAAGUCGAAGAUAAUGACGAGUCUGAUGAACAUGAAUACGAGUCCAUUUCACGCGCAGAAGCUACAGGAACGCCCAACACCAACCUACCGCAAGGCUCAACGUCCACCCCUCCAGCCAAGUCGAAGAAGAAAAAGAAGAAACCCAAGAAGAAAGGCAAGGGUAAAGUAGAAGUACAGAAGGAACACACCGAAGAAUCUGGGGAUGAAGUUGACCGGGCACUGAAAGAGUUGGCUGCAAAAGAAGGGCGAGCGCAGGCCGCGUGGACCGAGAAACAAGAGUCACCAACCUGGGAGUCAAGAGCAACAAGACUUCUGGCUGUCGAUUCACACAACCUCAACCCUGUCAACGAAAUGAAAAGCCUCUUUGGUAACAUUGCACUGGAAGGGCAAGAAUCUCGUGCUUCACCCCGCAAUCAACGCCGUCGGGACGUGAACCUGCAGGGUGGCGUCGACCUAGCGACUGCGCUUACGGGAAGAUACUGUGUCGCCAGCAGAGGCAAAGAGCUAGGGUCUCUCGCACAUAGGCGGAACGUCUUUGUACAGGGGAAAGAAGAGUGGCCCCUGGCCACGAGUGGAGGGUUGAGCAUGGAACUAGUCAAACCGGACUUUGAUCCCAAGGACUCCCCCGAGAAGCGAUACAACAUCAUGCACAACAACGCUUAUCGCGAGACACAAGUCCAUUUCCGCAUGGCUGUCGAAUCCAUGGAUCCUCAACGGAUGGUAGGCCUGCUAUCCAUGUACCCGUACCACAUUGCCACUCUUUUGCAAGUCUCCGAAAUUGCGAAGCAUCAAGGUGACCAUGCUGUCUCGGGAGAUCUUGUUGAGCGUGCAUUGUUCUCCUUCGGCAAGUCUGUGCACAGCAGCUUUCCAGCUUCCCUGAGAAAUGGCGUCGCUCGUUUACCGUUCAAUAAACCCGCCAACCGAGAACUAUAUCUCGCAAUCUGGCGGUAUAUCAGAAAUCUCGAGAUGCGAGGAACGUGGCGGACCGCAUUUGAAUGGGCUAAAGUCCUUCUUCAGCUCAACCCGCUCACAGAUCCUUAUGGAGUGACUUUAAUGAUCGAUCAACUUGCUUUGAGAGGCCGGCAACACGCGCAACUCAUUGCCCUCUGCUCGGACGAGGCGUACGGCCAAGCGUGGGAUUUCCUGCCCAACAUCCAGAUCUCUCUGGCGCUCGCCUAUCAACGGGCGGGCAAACCGCGAGACGCCCGUGUUCGUCUCGCGGUUGCAAUGCACAAAUACCCUUACAUUCUAUCCGCUCUCGCCUCUGCACUCGACAUCUCGCCGCUUCCCAAGUCCCUCUGGGCAAAACUACCUUCCACUGACGCGGAAAAGCUCUACACUCAACUUUACGUCAGUCGGGCAAAGGACUUGUGGAACACCCCGGAGACCAUCAGCAUCCUUGCCGAAGUUGCGGAAACCCUUUCUCACUAUAGCGACGCCAUUUCUGCCGCUCCAGAAGCACCAAAGUUGGAGAUUUCCCUCGAAGAAGCCAGGCAUAUCAUGCUCCUCGAAAUCCCCUCGCUAAUUGCCCUGCUUCCACGUCGGUUUACUACCAUGCCCACUUCAUCCUCCGAUGUCCUCCCUCCCCCGGACUCACUGUCCGACUUUGUAGCUCGAGCACCGGGCGCCGCUCCUUCGCGAGGAGCCGAUGGAACUAUGCAAGUCAUAUUCAACGCCGCCGGGGCAACUGCUGGCACAGCCGGCAGCCUCCUUACGCGGAUCAUGAAUUGGUUCCAGCAGCCCGCAGCCGCAGAAGACGCAAACACAGCAGGUGAGUCGGAAGGCCAGGCUGCACUUCGCCAACUGCAAGAACAGCUCGGGGGCAAUGUCCCUCCAGAAAUGGUUGAGGAGUUUCUGAGGAUUCAUCUGGAUGACGCGGAGGAACUUGGCGAAGGUGUUACGCCUGAAGGGCUGGGGAUGGCGGGUGGAUGGGACUACUAUGUGGAAGCCGACGAGAAUAAUCCGAGCCAUGAAGAUGAUGACGACAGUGACAGUAUGCCGGAACUGGAGAGUAUCCCCGACACGGAAGCCAUGACGGCUCAAACGGGACAGUCACAUCCUCCACACUCAGCUAUGGUCGAAGACGCCGACGAAGAAGACGAGGGUGAUCAGGCAAGAACAUCCCAGCGUGUCUUAACCAGUGGUCAUGCGGUGCUACGGCACGUUGAUUCAGACGCUGAAGAGGAAGCAGAGGACCUUCAACCAAGACAAACUCGCCCUGUCCAAACCUCCCGACCUCAAGAACCGCAGUCAUCGUCACAAACUGCAAAUGGCUCUGCUUCGGCCAACCCUCCCUCGGCUUCCUCAGGACAAGAUGAAGAAUUCUCAGACCCUCAGCGUGUCCAACGCUGGCUGCUCACCAACGGCCUUACUGAUCUCCAGUCCAACCCAGCCAAUCCUGAGACGUUGCAAACGUAUCUGAACAGACUGAGAUUACUGGGAACGAAACAACAGGACUGGAUUGUAAGGAUGGUUAGACAACGGGCCGGAGAGGCGGUCGAAAGACGGGUCCGGGAAUCGAUGGAGCAAUGA